GCAGCAUUUCCCUCCUCAGGAAUGCUUCCAGUCUCGACCUGCACGCCACUAAACAUGUCAAACUACGAAGAUGAGGACUACUUCCUCCCACUCGAAGACCAGCGUGUCUUCGGCGCAGGCAUAACCCGCAAACGCGUCGCCUUCGUGCGGUCCUCAAACCAUGAACUCUCAACGCUCACCUCGUCCGCGCCCAGCACCCCGUCGAACGCGGGGGCUAGUAUAGCGAAUACAUAUCUCUCGAUCGUUAUGCCGAAGCCGUCAUCCUCAGCUUCGGGUUCAGACUCGGCCGCGACCCCAGUAUCUCAAUCUAUAACCGCAGCAGAACCCAGCUCCGACACAAACGACCGCAGCCACUCCGCCCCUCCUCCGCCUAUUUCAAAUCCAACCUGUGAAGUCUGCAAACUCCCGCUGAAUCCCUCCGAAACAGAAGCUCAUAAACCUCAUGAAUCCUCUAUCGCGCACCAAGUCUGUCUUGCUCAUUCUCAUCCGCCCUCUCACCUUGACCGCACACGGCAUGGACUCCGCUAUCUCGAGUCUUAUGGCUGGGAUCCAGAUAGCCGGGUAGGCCUUGGCGCUUCUGGACGAGAGGGGAUUCGAGAGCCUUUGAAGGGGAAAUUAAAGGCCGAUACGGUGGGGCUGGGAGCCGCUGUGCCUUCGCCGGCGUCUGUGGAUAAGAAAAAGAAGGACAAAGUUCAGAAGUUGGAUGCGAAGCAGGUGAGGAAGGGCCAUAUGGAGGCACGGAAGAAGAGGGAAAAGCUACAGGAGAUGUUUUAUCAGGAUGAGGAUGUGCUGAGGUAUCUUGGCGGGGCCUGAUUUCUAUUUUAUUUCCCUAUACGGCGUUGCUAUUAUGGUUGGUUGCCAUUAUGUUCUAUGAUACCCCAUGUACUAUAUAUGAUUAUGAUAGUUAUGAUUAAUAGAGUUGAAAGGCUGCGUGAAUAUCAGCUUAAGGACAAAAGAAAUAUCAAUUGAAUCCCGCGGCG